AGUAGAAAGGUUUUCGUCCAGCGACCGUUGUCACUUUGUCAGUUGAUAGACGAACCACCAACGACUAACUCGCCAAGUUUCUGUUUUGUCGUUUGGCUGGAAAUAUUCUUUCUUUUUUAUUUUUUUAUAUAUUUUUUGGACGAAAAUCUCAAAAUGAACACGGCCCAGAGGCGAGAGUACGAUUUGGCCAAAUACACGGUGAAAAAUUGGGAAAGCGAAUUCAAAAGGACGACGCGCUCCAUUCCGACAAAGGCUGACAUCAAAUGUGCCCCAAUGAGGAUCAAAGAGGCCUACAAAACAUAUUGGAAGCUGAAGACUCUUGAACUCGAGAACACACUGGCCGACGUUCUCAACGAUGAAAAUGCCAAAGAUUGUUUCAAUUCGUCAAACGAAGAGAUUAAUAAGACGCAGAAUUCACUCUCAGAAGAUAGCGUCUGUUUUACUGCCAUAUCUGACAACACCACCGAUUCAAGCUUUAGUCUUCUUAACCAAUCGACCGAAAGUAAAAUAGAAUUGUUGAGUAGGCAAAUUGAAGAAAAAGAAAGGAGCUUGGGUAAAGUGGGAGAGUUUAGUUUUAAAAAUAUUCUGAAGAAUUUAGGUUACAAAAACCUCGACUCUACUAGCAAUAUCAAUACAGUUUGGGGCACGCACCUCAAUAAAUCCCAAAACGAAGAUGAUAAAGACAAGGGUGGGGAUGUAAAAAAACUAGAAGCCAAAUCUGUAUCUUUCAAAUAUACAGAAAAACUAUUUAAAGGGUCAAAAUUCAACAAAAGGAAUCCGAGAAAACCUUUGAAGAAAUCUAAAACAAUAGGGGCAAUCGAAGUUAAAAGCAAUGUAGAACCUGUUCAAGAAAUAAAUGAUGUUCUGAGUGAACCUUUAGUUACAAAAGAAGAAAUUAUAAAAACUACUUUAUCCCAACCAGUUGAAGAUAAUGAUGUAUCUUUUAAUCUUUUUAAUAACAAAACUAAAAUAGUCAAGUCUUCCUGUUCCGCUUCAUCUACAGGGCAAGCCGUCAGCCUUUUGCAAAAGAAAUUUGAUGGCGAUUUGAAAACUAAGCUGAGCAUUCCUGAAAUUGAUAAAGGCUGGUUGGAAAGAGUGAACCAAAUCAACGAGAUAACAGAAAUUAAAAAGAUGGAAUGUGUAUCACAGGAUUCUGGCAUUGAAUUGUCUCAGUCUCACACUUUACCUGAUACGUUAGAUAAAAAGUCUGAUAGUGAUGAAGAUCUCAUAUAUGAUAGUGACACCGAGACUAAUAAUUCACCCAAUUCAUCAAAGUGUCCCCUUAGUCUCCCUGUUUUUAACGAUUCAAAGCCCAUCCCCCUAAAAGAUAUUUUUCAAAAUAAUAAAAGAAGCCUGGCAGAGCCUGAUGAGUCGAUUUCGAAAAAGGCCAAGCUUGAUUGCUACGAAUUUAAAUUAAAUACAACAAAACCAGAAAUUUUGGCCCCGGUCAAGAGAGACGAGACUCCAAAGGAAGUUCCACUUGAUGUCAUUGUCCAAAAGAAACUGGAACAACUUGAAAAGAAGUUAAACAGCGGGAAAGCGAAUGAAAAUUUUGUGGCUAUAAAUAUACAGAAGAAAGUUUAUGCGAGAGGAAAGAAAAAAAUGACCUACUCCAAAUAUAAAAAACAAAAAUGGAAACAAAUGACUAAAGGUGGUGACAUGAAUUCAGGAGGUAGUUUUUUUAAUGGCGUUAAAAAAUGCUUUAAAUGUGGCGAUGUUGGGCACUAUUCUAAAGCAUGUCCCAAAGCAGGGAAAGAACUUUUGCCACUUGAGGAGUAUGAAUCUGAAGAUGAAAGCCCGUUUCCUACAUUGGCCGAGGCAGCUCAGAUUGUUGAAGAAGCAGCUGAAAAAGCUCAUAGUGGCAAGCGCAGGUUCACAGUGUCGACUGAGUCAAACAUUGAGGAAAAAAAGAAAACUAUAAUUUCUCCCCCAGAAGAAUUUAUCAAUUUGGAGGAAGAACUAGUCAAAGAAACCAUUGAGCCAGUUUAUAAAUUGAACGAUGAUGGAUUAAUAAUAGACACCCCAAGGGAAGUUUUUACUGCAUUGAAAGAAUUUGGUCAUUCUGCAUUUUUGCCUGGGCAAGAGAAAGCCGUGAUGAGGAUAUUAUCUGGGCAAUCCACCCUGGUCACAUUAAGCACAGGAUCAGGAAAAUCUCUUUGUUACCAGUUGCCUGCUUACAUUUACAGCAAGCAUUAUUCUUCGUGUAUAACACUUGUCGUUUCACCUUUAAUCUCAUUGAUGGAUGACCAGGUCAAAGGAAUUAAUAAAUGUUUUAAAAUUGCAUCAUUACACACAAAUCAAACGGAGAAAAAAAGAAAAGCAGUUUUAGACGAAGUCAAGUCAGGAAAUGUUUCUAUACUUCUUAUUUCACCUGAAACAUUGGUUUCAUUAGAUUCUGGCUUCGCAAAAUCCCUCUUACAGAGUUUACCACCGAUCGCUUUCGCUUGUAUUGACGAGGCCCAUUGUUUAUAUCAGUGGUGUCAUAAUUUCAGGCCUUCAUACAUGACAGUCACUCAGGUUUUGAGGGAGAAAUUGGGCGUUAAAACCUUACUGGGUUUGACAGCAACUGCUAGCACUUCAACCAAAGAAUGCAUUCUCUCUCAUCUCGGUCUCGAUCCGUACGACCAAAGCGGCGUCAUUUCUGAUACGCCGAUACCCAAUAAUUUGAUAUUAUCUGUCUCGUUGGCAAACAGUGAAGAUGAAAAACAGCAAGCUCUCCUCCGACUGUUGAAUGGCAAGAAAUUCGGAGAAUAUAACAGCAUUAUAAUUUAUUGUGCAAGGAGGGAACAGUGUGAAAAAGUAGCAAGCUUUCUUCGGACAUUCUUGCAGAACAAAGACGGGAAAAAUAACAUAGGUAGGAUGUCCAUACACGCUGAGCCUUAUCAUGCAGGAUUAACAGCUGGGCGUAGAAAUCAAGUCCAGGAUAAAUUCAUGUCAGGAAAAUUAAGAAUAGUAGUUGCCACAAUGGCAUUUGGCAUGGGAAUCGAUAAGAAUGACAUACGAGGCAUUAUUCAUUACACUAUGCCUUCAACUUUUGAAAACUAUGUUCAGGAAGUCGGAAGAGCAGGGAGAGAUCAGAAGCCUGCCCAUUGUCACCUAUUUUUAGAUGAAAAAAAGCACGACUUAGGAGAAUUGAAAAGGCAUAUUUACAGCAACACGAUAGACAGGCAUACGAUCCGAAAGUUCUUACAGCUCGUAUUUGUUCCAUGCAAGUGCAAAGAUGAAUGCCCUAAGCACGAAGUCGCUUUCCCCAUUGAGGAUACCGUCACCAAGCUCGACCUGCCUCAAGAAAACAUCAGCACCCUCCUUGCAUAUUUGGAACUUGACAAAAAGAAAUGGAUAAAGUGUUUACCGCUAGCCUACACAAGAUGCAAAGUCACAAGCUACAAGGGGUCUAGUCAUCUAAAGAAAGUUGCUAGAAAUUGUCCACCAUUGACGAUGGCUAUGGCGUUAGCCAACCAAGAGGGUAAAGAUAGUAAACUACUCGAUUUUGACAUUAUUUCGUUGGCAAGAAAUAUCAACUGGGAUAGCGGCAUAGUCAAAAGAACUCUUUAUAAUUUAGAAUGGACAAAAGAAAAUGACAAACCAAAGAAAUCAGGAAUAAUUGUGGAUAUGAACCAGCUUGGUUUCCGUGUCCUCUCUCCUGGUAAUUUGAGCGAUACUGAACUAGAUGAAGCACUUGACAUCCUUCAUUCAACGGUUGAAGACCAGGAAAAGAACAGCUUAUAUUCCUUGCAAGUUUUCUACAAUGCUCUUAGAAAAGUCGCAUACACAUCAUUAGAUGAGUGUAUAGACACCGAUGACUUGGAGAAGAGCGACAGUUUGAAAAAUGAGAUCAGAGGGUAUUUCGUGAAUCCAAAUAGCAUAAGGAACGUUGAACUUGACCCGGUCAGUUUGGAGAAUGAGGGCAGCAUAGCCGCCGAUAUCAGACGGCUCAUAUCUUUGCACAGAUCGGACAACAACUUGACUGGCAGAUCUAUAGCGAGGAUAUUACACGGUAUUGGCUCUCCUAAUUUCCCACCUAUUAUCUGGGGUCGUACGAAGUUUUGGAGGCUACACUUGAAUCAAGACUUCAACUUGCUUUGCAAGUUGGCGACGAAGCAAUUAAUCCUGAUGCGAUAACACCUGGUGAUAAGUUUUCGUUCCUGUUUUAUUUAGAAGUACUAUUUAGAGUUAAUUUUUGAAAAUUCAAAGCAUUAACAAUUUUGUGAAAAAAAUAUUUAAUCGUUAACCAAAAUUGUUUACGCUUAGUAUAUUUAUUUAAUUUUUUUAUAAACUUGUAAAUACUUUUUCUGAUAGCAGUUUGAGCUCAAAUUUAGUUUAUUUAUUUAUACAUUAUUAUUUAAAUUUAUUACAGAGUGUUUAUUGGAAUGAAAUAAAUGAUGAUAACAUCAAGUUUUGUAACAUCUAACUCUCUAAUUUAACCCAUGUAGUGCAGCACAUCAAAUGAGUUCCCAGGUCAUUUUUCAGAUGCGCUAUUUUCUAUUGGCUCCUUUUUUUUAUCCUCCAGUCCCUCCUUUGAAGUAGCUUUUAGAAUCAGUGUGAAUUGUGAAACACUCAAAUUCCGGUAUAGCUCCAAUGACGCCUGAGAAAAUUGGUUGUGAAUUUUUUUCCAU